AUGGACCACUACAUCAAAGAGACACGCAACGUAGUGACCAGGCGCCUUGGGCGCCAGCGUGAUCAACUCAAUAUGACGAGGAGAAGGAUGGAUACGGCCCGGGCGGGUGACAUCGCCCGGGUCAGCAUAGUUAUUUGCUUAGCACCGCUAAGAGCCUUUUUGUCCUCCCUUGCCGAACUUUGCCCCUACAUUGACAACAACAACGACUCUACCAUCCUUGGUGUCGCUCUGACCGCUGACUAUAUCAGCAUGCCUCGUAACCUGUUCGACACUCCGGGCCUCGGUGGAAUCACGGUCCCCUUGUCGUCACGAAGAGUGCUCCUCACUGGCCUACCUGGGUCGGCCACGGUUGCUCAGGUGGCCGGAGGAGUCGCCGGCAUGGGUGGCAUCAUCAGCAUUUUCGUUAACCGUGACCUCCGUACAGGCACGCUGCCCGGGCAGUUAUCUGCCGUCGUCGAGUUCGUAUUCCACACAGAUGCUACAAGAUACGUCCAGUUCGUCGAGAACCGUGGAAUUUCUUUUGUGGAUAUCAAGGGGCUCCACCACUGGAUUCAGGCAAAACACAUUCUAACGCGUUCCAACCGAAUUCUACCAAUCCAUCCAACAAAUUUGGGUGUUGACGAUAACGGAUUAUCAGGUCGAUGCAUUCGGCUUGAGGCAUUCCCGAUCACAGCCGUUUGGGCCCUAUUCAAGGACUUUGGCGUUCGACACAUUGCAAACAGCGCCAUUGUGACCGAAGAUGACGAUGCAACUACAGGACACCUCCUUGUCGAGUUUUCCAACAUUUUUGAGUCUACACGAAUGUGCGGCCAACUACUUGGUGGCCGCUUUGACCCUUACCAUCCGACUCCGGGCAUGAUUUCGCUUGUAUGGUGUCCAUGUGACCGAGAUGUUGAGGAGAUCGAAUCAGACGAGAAUUGCAUCAUCGCCCAUGUUGAUACCGACGAGGUAGAAGCCAAAUGGAACCAGAGACCAUACAACUGGACUCUACCAACCCAGUUCGGGAGGCCACUUAUCACAUCAACCCCAACGAGCCAGGAGGCUACUGUAACCAUCCUUGGAGAUGACGGGCAGUUGCGAAGUGUACCUCAUACCGAAGUCACGGCAAGCAUGAGAGCUAAUGGCACAACCUAUAUUCUCCUCGGCGACACUAUCUAUGCAGGCCACCCAGUCACCCUCAACAAUCCCCACGGAGUUCACAAUCGCGUUUUCGGUCCGGCACUAGCUCAAAUGAAAAAGCUGUAUGUCCUGGCUCCCGGCUGGGAGAGUUUUUGGGACGAGUUGUCCAAAGCUCAGGGCAUCAACAUCCGGGCAUUCUAUGAGUACGCCAGAGUGGCGUUCCUACGACGACUUGAAAACCAGCUUCAUGGCCGGCCCGACUGGGACGCAGGUGGUAUUCUGGAAAACACAGACACACCGGCCAUCAUCCUCUCCUACUCUCGCCCACAUUUGUUCCGAAAGGUGGUCAGUACAACUGAAUAA